AGAUAGAAUGAUUGUUAGGAAUUCAACUCUAGUGCAUUAGUUUUAAAGACAAUUACCCAUUUAUUAUAGUUUGAGUUAAUUUAAAACUGCGAUAUUUGUGAUCUACAAAUAAAAUAAUUUAUUUUCAAAAUCGAAUUAAAUUUUAUGAAGUAUAAAUAAUAACAUUUAUUUGUACCUUGAAUUAUCGUCAUUAUUACAAUAAUAACAUUUCAUAACGGUUUAAUUACCAAUAGUCAUGGAUGUAGAUCUAUUACGACCGGGCACUGUACCUAUAUCUCCUGACACUAUAUUAUGGUUCGAAUUUCUGCUUAAUCAAGACCUCCUCAAAAGCCAUUUAAAUAAACCAAAUCCAGAGCCAUCACCAUGUGAAUUAAUAGAAGAAUUUCUAUCUGUGGAUACUAAAAACGCAAACUCAAAGCCAACAAGUGAACGAGUUUUAGAUGUAGAUGCCCCACCAAGCCCACCAUCUGAGACGACACCAACAUCUUUGCAAUUUAGUCGUAAACAGCUUGCUCUGAAAAUUUUAGCUCUCAAAGUAGCAGCAACACUUCACUGGAACUUAGAUGUGUUGGAAACUAAACUACCUCCUCAAAUCCAGCAACAAUUGAUGCAAGAUUUGGUAUACAUGGCAUCUGAUUUAGCAUUUCUUAUACCACCACAGGAGAUUUCACAAGAUUUAUUACAACAGCCGCAGGUUCAGUUUGCUUUAACUCUGUACCAUAGGUGGAUACUAAGAUUUCCAGUGAAAGCUGCAUUAUAUGCCAAAUCAACAAAAAUGUCUUUUAUGCAUAUGCCUGGUAUGCAAGCAGAUAGCGGGUAUGUACCAUUAAAUCAAAAUUUCGAGAAGAUCUUAAGAAUGUCAGAGGUAUCGCGAAUGAAUAGCAUACGAUACUUAGAAGAAAUAUUAUCUUACUUUGAAUUGUCACCAGAAAGGCGAAGAGAACCAACAAAAAUUAAAAUUCCAAGCAUGGAUGCAUUUGCCCACCUCACUGAGGACUCUAAUGAUAUAAACCACAACUGGAAUGCUGGAAAUAUUGUAAUUAAUCAGUAUGAAUUUGCAAUGCAAAUUCACUUCGAUCUCUGUUACAAUUAUUUUUUUUAUGGUCAACAUGAUAUGGCCACAAAACAUAUACUUGGUUGUAGGGAAAACUCAAAUUUAUUGGAAAGAGAGGUAUCCCUAUAUGGAUAUGGCUCCCACAAGGACAUGCCUUGGGGGGAUUUUUAUUAUGCAAGUAUGGCCAAGGAAGACAUAUUGGGGUACAUCAGAGCUUUAAAUUUAGGCAGUGAAGUACUGAAUGAGGAACCCUCAUUGUUACAAAAAUUACAGGAGUCUAUUGCCAAUCACUAUACGGGAAUUAUAGCUGUACUUCAAGCAGACAAUUUAACACGAGAGAUUCCAAUGGUUCAUAGGCAAGUAGUGGAACUGGACAUCCAAGGGUCAGCAUCUAGUGGAGCCUUCACUGUUGCUAGGGAUCUUCUUAAUAGAGUAUCAGCACUCAACGCCGUAAGAUAUGCACUUGAAGGAGGUUUACCUUCAACUCAUCCUGAUUUUCUAAACAAAUUCAAAACAGUUGGCAUUAAGUUCUUUGAUCUCUUGUUUUGGGCGUUAGCACCAGUUUUAAUGUCUAAAUUAUCGAAUGAUGAUUGGGCUAAUUUAAAAAUGUUCUUCCUUCAUUUAGCUACAUCUCAAUGUAGGUUACCUGUAGAAAGAAUAGAUGAGUACUUAAAAAAACACGUUGGUGAAUCUGCUGAACGUAUAAGAAAGAAAUUAAUAACAGAUGAAGAAUUACAGACCAUAAUCAAUGACCCAAUAAACAAUGAUGAUGAGAAUAUGGACAUACCACGUGAGUUGCUCACGGAUGAUUGGGAAACACCAGAUUUUGAACUCAAAACCGUGCCUGAACUAGAAAUGGGAAGAUUAAAAAAACGGCUUAUAGAAUCAUCUACAGCCGACGACGUGCGAAUGUGCUUGGUGAAACUAGCUAUGACUGCACCUUCAUCACCUUUAUGGAAAUUAAGCCCCUCUUGGAAACCCGUCGGUGGUUUAGGCAAUGCUUUGACAUCGUUGCCUAGAGGAUUUUUGCAAGACUUUGGUUACGUAGUAUCAGGAACGGCGCGUGCUCGCGCUGAAGCGGGAUGCUCUCGCACUGCGUUAUCUUUGCUAUCAGUAUUAGAAGGUGAAGUUCGAAACCAACUGGGUGGAGGGACCGAUACAACUUUAUAUAGACUUUGUCGCCAGUUAUCCUGGGAAGUUUUAUUGUUGCAAGUAAAUGUAAUGCUUAGCGAAUGGCCGCACCAUCGCAUCAAUUUGAGUGGACUCGCGAAUAAAUGCAAAGCUUGUAUAGCUGCGGCGAACUCCGGUGAUGGAAUCGUGCCAAGACCACAGGUAAUAGAAGCAUGCUGGAUUUGUUUAGUGAACGCUUGCGAGUGGGAGGGCGUGGUUCCGACAACCGGUCCAGGCGAGAUAGCCGCCGCUCUAUGUGCCGCUUGCUUUGAACUACAGAGGGGAAAAGCCACCAGAAAAUUCCCUAGGCCUCUAUGGGAUAUUGCUUUAUCAAUAUAUAACAAUGGCUCCAGUGGUCCUGUAAAGCGUAAUGCCGGCGGUGUACCGUCACACUCUCGAGACGUUCCAAACGCAACCACAGAUGCAAGGAACGCUUUCAACGCAUUCUUGGCUACACUCCGCGAGCCACUAGCUAUCAGUGUGAUGUUCUCCCUUCUUGCUAAAAUUCACAACCUUCUAAUAGAUGACAGUUCCCUAGAACUCGUGGUCGAGUACACGUCACUGUGGCCAUCAACUAUAUCGAAUGUUAACAAUUACAGUAGCAACUUAAAAUAUAUUCUUGAAUCUGUGACGGAUCUGUUGGAACGAAGUUUGAAGUUGUAUCCAUAUAAUACAUCAUGGCUGCGGCUGUACGGCGACGUGGAGGCGACGGGCGGGCGGUGGGGCGCGGCGCUGCGGCGGUACCUGUGCGCGCUGGCGGCGGGCUCGUGGCACUUCGCGAAGCGCGCGCCCGACGAGGGCGGCGUGGCGCGCCGCGCCGCACGCUGCUGCCAGGCGCUGGCCGCGCCCACGCAGGCCGCCGCGCUCGCGCAGCUACCCGACGAGCCCGACUACGCCGCCGCCUUUAAGUGCCUCGCGGAAAAGACGGGCACCGCAGCGGACGCUAUGGACGCGUACUACGGAUGCCUGUGGGACGGCACGUUGCUGGAGGUGUGCGUGGCGCUGCACGCGCGGCGCGGAGAAGGCGGGAGACGCGCGCGGGCCGUGGCCGCCGCCGGCGCGCUCGAACUCAACGCCAACAACAGCGAAGACAUACAGCGCGAAGCCGCCGCCACGCGCCGCGCACGCCUUCUACGGGCGCUCACCAACCAGUACGUCGCCUGAACCGGUAGAAUAUACCAAUCGAAGCCGUGCAAGUUUUUUGCGAGCGAUUACCAACUAGUACGUCGGCUGAACCUGUACGGUAUAAAAAGCGAAUCCGCGCAAUUCUUUAACGAGUACUCAUUAACCAGUACGUCGCCUGAACCUGUACAACUUACCGAUCUAAAGGUGCCCGUGUACUAGGUAGCGCACCGCAUGAACAUGGUCGCUACUACAGACAACAUAUGACGCAAAACCGUGCAAUAUGCCAAUGCGGCCGCUUAUUGCUCACUAUGUCACGUGAAUAUGGACAUCACCGCAGUUGAUAUGAGCCUGAGGAUGCUACACUAAUGUUCUACCGGUGUUCACUAACAUAAUCAUGAAAGACAUGAAGCUUCCCACAGUAAAAAGAUUCAAUGGUAAUCUGAGAAUUUUGGUGGCACAGAGCCUUAAUAACGGCUACAUUUAGCAGUAAGCUGUCGCAAUGUUCCUAAAAGCUUUUCACGAAGCUGUAAUAAUAGGAAAUAUAUAUAAUCCGAAUCAAACCAUUUGAGGGCGCU